AUGAUUAUGAUUGUAUUAGCUGGAACAAUAGGUACGGGAUUAUUUUUAGCUUCUGGUCAAGCAUUAGCAUCAGCAGAACUAGCUGGUUCUCUAGUAUCUUAUGUUACUGUUUCCAUUAUAGUUUAUUUAGUUAUGACAAGUUUAGCUGAACUUUCGACACAAUAUCCAAUAAAUGGAUUAUUUAAUACAUUUGGAAGUCGUUUUGUCGAUGAAGCAUGUGGUUUUGCAUCAGGUUAUAAUUAUUACUUAGCUUGUGUAACAGCAAUGGCUGGUGAAUUAGUAGCGGCUGGAAUUAUUGUAGAAUUUUGGCUACCGAAUGUUACAAGUAUGAUUUGGUCUCUAUUAGGAAUGAUAAUAAUGUUUAUAUUAAAUGCAUUCAUGGUAAGAAGUUAUGGAGAAGCUGAAUAUUGGUUUGCUAUUAUUAAAGUUCUUACUGUUGUUAUAUUUAUAAUAGUUGGUUUAUUAGUUGAUAUAGGCGUACUUGGACACAUUCGGAUAGGAUUUCGUAAUUGGAAAAUUGAUGGUGCACCCUUUCAUAAUGGUACUGGUGGAAUUAUUUCUACUUCAAUUAUUUCAGCUUUUUCAUUUGGAGUAAAAACAAUUGGUAUAACAGUAAGUGAAUGUGAAAAUCCUCGUCGGGAUGUUCCACGUGCUAUAAAUGGAACGAUUUGGCGUAUUAUUUUAUUUUUUAUUGGAUCAAUUCUAAUAAUGGGUCUUGUUAUUCCAUAUGAUGAUUCUAGAUUGCCUCAUAAAGGUGUUGAUAACGUAACAAUGUCAUCAUUUACACUUGUUUUUGUUCGAUCAGGACUUGAACCGGCAGUAUAUAUUAUGAAUAUAGUUAUAUUAACAACAAUAUUAUCAGCUGGAAAUUCAGGCUUUUGUAUAUGCUCACGUAUUCUCUAUGCUUUAGCUGCUGAGAAAAAAGCUCCAAAUAUCUUUACUUAUGUAACUCGAACUGGCAUUCCAAUAUGGUCUCUUAUAUUUACAACAUUAUUAUCAACAAUAUUAUUUGGAUUAUCAUUUAUUGGAAUAUCAAUAGCUCAUUGGAGAUUUUGUCGUGCAUUUAUUUUACAAGGUUAUUCAUUAAAUGAUCUUGUUUAUAAAGCAUUAUUUUUUCCAACUGGACCAAUAAUUUCAUCAUUAUUUAUAUGUGUAUUUUUAUUAGGACAAGAUUAUUCAGCAUUUACAAUACAUCCAUUUUGGUUUUAG